GCUGUCCACGUCAACACACCGAGCGAGCACGGCGGCAGGAGGCAGCAGCGAUGGACUCCACGUCUAUGGAACCUUCUCUCUACACAGUGAAAGCUGUUUUCAUUCUUGACAAUGAUGGCAACAGACUUCUAUCAAAGUACUACGACUCUGAGCUUUACCCCUCCAUGAAGGAGCAGAAGAACUUCGAGAGGAACGUUUUCAACAAGACUCACAAAGCAGACAAUGAGAUAGCGUUCGUGGAGGGCAUGACCAUCGUCUAUAAGAGCAGUAUAGAUCUCUUCUUCUACGUGGUGGGAAGCGCUCAGGAGAAUGAGCUGAUGCUGAUGUCAGUUCUGAACUGCCUGUUUGACUCUCUUAGUCAGAUUCUCAGGAAGAAUGUGGAGCGCAGGUGUUUACUAGACAACAUGGAAGGAGUCUUCCUUGUUGUGGACGAAAUCAUUGAUGGAGGGGUGAUCCUGGAGAGUGACCCUGCACAGGUCUUACAGAAAGUCAACUACAGGGCGGAUGAGAAUCCAUUAUCUGAACAAAGUGUGGCCCAGCACAUAACAGAGAAACUGGCUCUUACCACUAACGUUCUGCAGUCGGCAAAGGAGCAGAUCAAAUGGUCUAUAUUGAAAUGACUUGGACCAGACACAUUAUAUAGGAUUCUUAAGGAUGUCCUAGAGAACAUUUCUAGUCCCCAAAGCUAUUUUUUAUAGUAACGAACUAAAGGGAAGAUCGUUCCACACGGCUGCCGGCCUGCAGGCUGCAUUUAAAAAGUCAGUCAUAGGAUCUUGUUUCUGUGUGCGAUUUUUGUUACGUUGUGUGUGUGACGUGAUUAAUUUAUGUGGUUUGAGAGUGACGCUAGGCUGCACUCAUGUAGACAUGUCAUUUAACAGGCCAACUGACACCAGACACCACUUUGAGACUAAUCAAUAAGAUUAUUGGAAGAGUGAGUAGCAAUCAGUUUUUUAACUUUGUUUUUUGGUGGAGCUGGAUCCUCUACCUUCAUUCCCUCAUGACAGAAAAUAGCUGUGUGUAUUUCAUAAAGAUGAAAUACAAUUUACACAGUUUUAUACACAGAGAACUGUCCCCCCCCCCCUAAAAUAUUACAUGUUAUAUUACAUUUUCUACUAAUUUUGGAUCAACCAAUAUAUUGAGAAUUUGCUGUAAAAUGUUACUAUAUGUUAGUCAGUGUAGAAGUGUUUUAUCUUCAGUGGACUGUGUCAGUAUGCACAGAGCCUAUCUUGUCCCAUUGUGUCCCCCCUGAGGACACUCUAAAAAAUAAGAGUUGACACAAAAACCAAACACUACUGCAGCAAAUAUCUGCAAAUCCUAGCACAGAAUGGAACCACAUUACAUUUAGAAAUGUUACAAAGCAAGAAAAAGUUACUUUUGGAACAAUGUCAUAACACUACUUGUAAAGCUUAUUUAAAGAUUGUAAAGGAAUAGUGACGCUUUCUGACACUAAACAGGUAGUAGCAGUCUGUAUAUGUGAGUAACAGAAGAGGCAAUAAGUUACUUUUGCACUGUGUGGAAUGCCCUCAUGAAGGUAAAUUGAUAUCUGUACAUCUUUACAAUGAAAGGGAUACUUGAUUUUGAGGCUGAAGUUAUAAUAAAGUCUAUUUUAUUGGUUAUAAUGAAAAUUAAAGAUGUUAAUAGAUAUAAAAUAUUUUCUUAGCUGAAAAAACAGAAAGAAGCCAAAGACAAACUUGAUUAUUUUGUUUACAUUUGGAUGUUGAAGCUAACGUUUUGUCUGAGCGCCAUUUGUGAGACUGAUAAUAAAACUGUCCGGUUCAAA